CUUUACAGCAGCUCCCAGGAAAGGCUGAAGUUCUCCCGCACUCCAGAGAGAAGACUUCGCCGUUACCUCUCCAUUAAUCUCCUUUAAUAAUAGUGUUUCCUGCCCACGAUUACGGGUGUGCGUUCAUGGUCGACGUUCAAACCACACCCACACGGAGUUGGAGUUAUUUCAGCUACAGUUUUCUUAAUGAGAAACAUACUGGAUUGGCUUGUGCCCACUGGUUUGUUAUUGUACUGCUAAAUGCUGCUUUGAAGAAGUAAACUUAAUGAAAGACAACAUUCCUGGCUGUGCUCUGACCAGCACUCUUCUGCGAACGCCACCCCAUCCCUGAACCACAAGUUAGUUUAGUCCUUCUACAUCCUAGCAAAAGGGAACACAGUAUUAUUACUUUUCCUCCACGUUGCAUCUGAGCUCUCUGGUCAUCAUCAUGGGUGGCAGGUACAGUAAGGAAGAGGAAGAGAUCAUGAUCUCAGAUAUGUUCCAUAAUGCUGAGAGAUAUGGUGUGAUUCCUGAUAUUACCAUCGACAGCUCCUUACUGAUGUACUCAGGACUGGAUUCAACAGCUGUACUAGAACAGCACAGUUCUCAGUUGGUCAGUGACCUGGUGAGCAAAGUUCCAGACUAUAUGACCAACCUGGGCUCCUCUUUAUCUGCUUUCAAAUAUGUACCAAACGCAGUUGGAUUGGGCGCGUUGGUCAUCUCCUUCCUAUUAGACCUCAUGGUCAUUUCUUUGGUCAAGGUUCCCAAGGACAGCCCCCUGAACAUGAUGCGCCGGGUCUUCGCUGAAGAAAAGGCCUCAGGAGUCAGAGACUCCAUGGACGAGUACCUGAAACGCCUCCAAAAGUAUGUGUGGGAACCAAAACAGGCGCUAGAAGAAACCAAACGUCUGGAGAAACAGCUGAGCGAGCAGCUGACCCGCCUAAGGAACUCCAUGCUGAAGGAUGGCCAAAUGAGCUCCCGCGCCAUGAAGAUCUGGGCCAAUGGCGCGGCGUUCCAUGCGCAAAUGCUAAUCCACGAGGCGCGGCUCAUGAUGGCGGGAUACGGAUCGAAGAAAGAAAAGAACCUUGACGUUCGAGUAGCUUCUGUCCAAAACAUGGUAGACCACUAUCGAAAGGACUUGGAGGAAUUGUUAGAUAAGUACAAGAGCUAUAAACGCACUAACCUGCACUUGAAUACAAUAUGCUAUAUUUACAAAUACUGUUAUAUUUAUGACGCGGAGCUUAGGAUGAGUACAGAAUGCAAUCCUACAGCUUACCACCAUGAUAUUUUUAAGUCUAAAUAUUGUGGCGGAUCAUUGGACGCCUACAUGAACUACAUGUUUAGCAACUGGGGCCAAAUAAAGAAGCUGAAUGAGUAUUUUACUGUCCUUAAGACUAACAUCUUCUAGCCAAAUUGUUGAUAAAGAGGGACGUUACAUUUUGGUUAAAGGGAUCUUUGACUCUAGGGAAGUAACGUUACUUAAUGUUUAUAGACCACUGGGACAGGAUAAAAUAUUCAUUAAUAAAGUAUUUUAUUUAAUAGCUUCAGAAAUAUCAGUUAUUCUAAUUUGUGGAGGGGACUGGAACGUACAGUUGCACCCUACCCUAGACUCUUCAAGCCCAUCAAAAAAGGUGAAUUCUGAGACACUGUAUGUUAGGAAAAUGCUUAAGACAACAGGCAUGUUUGAUAUAUGGAGGGAGCUCCAUCCAUCUGCUCGACAAUUCACCUUUUUUUCCCACCCUCACAUGGUCUACUCUAGAGUUGACUAUUUUUUUAUGUUUCACUCAGAGAGACAUAGAAUUAUAGGGUGUGAAAUAGGAACUAAAGAUGUUUCAGAUCAUGCAGGGGUGUAUUUGAGACUUCAUCUUGAUGUUCAAUCUAAAAACACUAUUUGGAGAUUAAAUACUAGUCUUCUAAAUGAUCGCCAAUGUGAAGAAUAUAUUAGAAAAGAAAUUAAAGACUAUAUUAAAUUUAAUAAUAAUGAGGAUUUGUCACCCUGUGUAAUAUGGGAUGUGGCUAAGGCGGUAUUGAGAGGACAGCUCAUUAAGUGGUCCUCAAGAAAAAAGAAAGAAAGCCAGAUGCUAAUGACCAAUUUAACAAAUACCCUAAAGACACUGGAACAAAAGCAUAGUGAAUUAAAUGACCCUAAAUUGCUAGAUGAAAUAAAAGUGGUAAAACAGCAAAUUAACAAGAUACUUGACAAACAAGUGGAGAUUAAACUCAAAUACAUUAAGCAAUCUUACUACGAGGACGGUCAUAAAGCUAAAAAAUUAUUAGCUUGGAAACUCCGUAAACAACAAACAGAGAGGUCAAUUUUUAAGAUCAGAGAUCCUGAAGCGGAUGUAAUGCGUUAUAAACCAGAAGAAAUAUUACAGUCUUUUGAGAAAUAUUAUAUGAAAUUAUAUUCCCAACCAGAAGCAGCUGACCCCUCAACUGUAAAAAGUUUUUUGGAGUCUUUAGAUUUACCGUCAAUAGGAAUGGAACAAAACAAAUUGAUAAUACAAGAAAUCACAGAAAAAGAGAUUGAUGGUACAAUAUCAAAUCUAAAAACAAAGUACCAGGAGGGGAUGGUUAUCCGGCGGAGUGGUACAAAAUAUUUAGGGAAUUAUUGAAACCUAUGCUCCUAAAAUGUUUUAACUAUGUUCUAAAGGGGGGUGAAACCCCAGUACCCUGGAAACAAGCUGUUAUAUCUGUAAUACCUAAAGCUGGAAAGGAUAAGACAGACUGUGGAUCAUACAGACCUAUUUCAGUUUUAAAUAUAGAUUAUAGAAUAUAUGCUUCUAUAAUGGCUAAAAGACUAGAAAAUAUAAUCCCUGAUUUAAUUGAUACUGACCAAACUGGAUUUAUUAAAAACAGGCAGACGCAUGAUAAUGUGAGAUGUGUAUUUUUUUUUUGGUCGAGAGUAUGAGCAAAAAUAAUUUAA